AUGAGCAUGCCCACAAGCUCAAGCAGCGACACUCCAGUAUCACUAUGCAUACGAUUCGCCAACGGAAAAGAAGACUUAUCUCUCCUAUUACCUUCCACAACCUCCACAAUAGCAGAUUUAUCACAACAUGUCCUACGAACCAAUCCAGCAUGGCAAACACAGCACCUCCGCUUCCUGUUCAGAGGCCGAAUCCUCUCACAAUCAAGCACCAUCAACGAUCUAGGAGUUGAUGUCACAUCACCAGACAACCUGCCGCUUUAUAUACACUGCUCGGUUUCUGAGACGCCUGCUAGUGAACCUCAGGUGCCUGAUAUGACGAUUGCACGAUCAAUGGGACUGGACCGGUUGCUGGAUCUGGGAUUCUCGAGAGAGGAGGUGGAGGUGUUGAGACAUCGGUUUCAUUCUAUGAGGGGCAGGCCGUAUGCGAAUGGGGAGGGGGAAGGUGUCGAAGCAGCUGCCCAAGCAGCUGAAGAAGAAUGGAUUGAGAAUACGGCUGUUGCGCAACGAUCUGUUGAAGCAGUGGACGGAUCCAGCUUUGAUAUGCUGAAAGGCCUAUUCGUUGGAUUCUUUUUUGGAGUUAUUGCGAUAUUGUAUCUGCGUGAACCGAACGUCUUUAAUCCGAGGCAGCAGAUUGGUGUGAUUUGUGGGUUGUUGAUAUCAAUGUCUUUUGGGUUUUUGAGGAUGUGA